AUGGAUUUUCCAUUAGGUGAAGAUUUCAAGCCAAAAGAACCUUACACGAGUCGUCUACGUAAAAUUCUUGAAGAAUAUCCUGAUGGUUCACAAAUAUUACGUGAAAUUCUUCAGAAUUCAGAUGAUGCUCAAAGUACUGAGCAAAUUUUUAUUUUGGAUUUUAAUAAAUAUCCAUCAAAUAAAUUGUUUAAACCACAACUUAACAGAUAUCAAGGUCCUGCACUCAUAUCAAAAAAUACUGCUAUAUUCGAAGAUGAUGAUUUCAAAUCUUUGCUCAACUUAGCUGAUAGUAAAAAACGCAAAAAAUUUGAUAAGAUCGGAGUUAUGGGAAUUGGAUUUAAUUCAAUUUAUCAUAUUACCGAUUCUCCUUCCUUUAUUACUGGUAACAAGUACGUUAUUCUUGAUCCACACGAAAGGCAUUUUAAUGGUGGUAUUCAAUUCGACUUUGUACGUCAGAAAUUGGCUGAAGGUUUUCCAGACCAAUUUGCUCCAUUCAAAAAGAUUUUGCGAUGUAAUAGACCAUUUAAAGAACCAUUUAAAGGAACUAUCUUUCGUUAUCCUCUUCGUGAUUCCACCGAUUCGGAUAUUUCUAACAAAGUUUAUAAACCUAAAGAAAUUUUGGACAUGUUUCGUAAAUUUUACGAACAUGAAAGCAUUAAUUGUUUAUUAUUUUUGAAAUAUAUAGAGUGUAUUUCUUUUUAUGUAUUACGAAAAGGCGCCGAUGAACCCGAGUUAUUAUAUAAAAUUCGAUUAGAAAAUGCAGAUCAAGUUCGAAAACAACGUUGUUUAAUAAGUGAAAGUAUCGCAUCGAUGAUGAAUUCGACCAAUUCAAAAGAAUUAGUAACAUCCUAUGUCGCAUCAUUCUAUCGUCAGAAAGGAGAUAUUAAAGAACCUAAUUCAGAAUGGUUAAUUCUAAAUUACCUUGAUGACUUACUUGAUACCAAAAAGAACUUUAGUAAAAUAGAUUUAUACAAAUUUAUUCCUAACGUUGGUUUAGCCGUUCCUUUAAAAGAUUUUAAAAAUGUUAUUGGAAGAUUAUUUUGUUUUUUACCUCUUCCCAUUUAUAUGCCCUUUCCCGUUUCCGUGCAUGGAUAUUUUGCGGUUAGCACUAAUCGACGUUCUUUAUGGUCACCUAUUGAAAAUGAAGAUUUGGCGGACGAUGCGUUGGCGCGUAUAAAGGCUAAAUGGAAUCAAUACUUAUUUGAAAAUGUCUUACCCAAAGCUUGGGUAAAAUUCCUUCAUGAACUUCCACAUAAAGUUCCCAAUAUUCAAUCAGAUGAUUUAUAUAAAUUUUGGCCAAUAGUCAAGGAGGGGGGUACAUCGGGUAACAUAGGUAUCUUUUGUAAGGAUCUUUUACAAAAUGUUACAAAUUGUCUCAAUAUAGAAGAUCGCGUAUUCAAAGGUCCAUUUUGUGAUAAUUGGCUUUCACUUUCUAAUGGCUAUUUGGAAGACGAAAAAUUAUUUAAUUUCAACAUAUCUAAAAUAAUUGCUAAUAUAGGAUUUCCUGUAAUAUCAACUUUGUAUCCUAUCAUCAGAGUAUUAAAAAAUUCUAAACAUCAAGAAUCUCUCAAGUUUUUUUCACCAACUAUUAUUCGUAUUUAUUUGAAUAAAAAUCGUGCUAAAUGGGAAAAUAUACUAUCAAGAAAAGAAACCUUACUAUUAUUCGAAUAUAUAUUAAAAGAAUUAAAUAAUCAAAAUCUUAGUGAAUUAGAAGGACUCAAAAUAAUUCCACUCGCGGAUGGUAUAAAUCUUGGUACUUUAACACAAUUUGGCAAUUCUUAUGUAUAUAUUGGUCCAGAUAAUGACAUCAAGAAUCAUGAAAACGAUGAACGUAAUAUCUUCACAAAUCAAUUAGACAAAUUCAUUGAUAAAUCAAUUGAUUUCAGAUUAUAUAAAUGUUUGUAUAAUUAUGCAAAUGCCGGAUGGAAUCUAAAUAUCAAAAUAUUAGAUGAAUUAGCCGUUGCUGAUAUGAUCAAAACCUCAUUGAAUUUUGCAGAAAAUGAAAGUUUUGAAGAGAUACAAAUGCCAAAUCAUUGUGAAUGGAUUUAUCAAUUAUGGAAUAACUUAAGAUACAGAAAUUGGGAUUUAACAAAGUUUGAAGAUAUCCAUUUAAUUCCAACAAAUCGCUCUACUCUUAGAAAGCUAAAGACUUCUAGAAAGACCUUUACUAGUAAAUAUAUUCAAACCAAUUCUUUAAUUUCAAUUUUCGAAAAAUUUGGUGCUGUUUUCGUGGACAAUGAAUUUGAUACUAACCAAAUUUCGGAAUGGAAUAAAGUAUCACCGUAUAUUAUUAAGCCUAAUAAUAUUAUAUCGGUUCUGGAUUCUUUUCAAGCUAAUACAUCAUAUCCAGAGAAUUUGAAAGAAAAGUUACAAAUUAAUGAAGCAUCGGUAGUCGUAGAACAUUUAUCUAAUUAUUUGCGACUUGUUAAUAAAAAUAAUCUUAUGCAAAAACAUAUUGAUGUUAUUAAACAUCUUCCAAUUUUUACUGAAGUUGAUCAUAUUUCACCAAUUCCAUUAUUACCAUCACUACCUAAAAAUAAAAAAUGGUAUCUCCUACCUCGAGAUGAAGAAAAUUCAUAUGGCAAGAUUAUCUAUCCACGUGAUGAGGGAGGAUUUAUUAAUUCAAACUCCCAAAACAUGUGUUAUAUAUUGGAAGAUAUUAUAAAAAUUCCUCGAUUAGCAAUAUAUGAUUAUUGGCGAAUGUUUGUAAUACCAUUCCUCGAAUUACAAAUACCAAGAAAUAUAGAUAUAGUUGUUGAAAAACUUUUUGAUAGAUUACCAUCUUUAUUUGAUGCUGACUUAAAGAAUGAUCUUGGAGGAAGGUCUUUUGUACCUGCUGUUACACUUAAUAUGUCGCAACAACAUCAAUCAACUGAUCUUAUAAAUUUAGCUAAGCCAACAGAACUAUUUGAUCCAGAAGCAAAGGCAGUAACUGAUUUAUUUUUUGAUGAUGAACAACUUUUUCCUGCUGGUAAAUUCGGCAACCCGCAAAAGUACCUUCCAAUUCUGAAAUCGUUGGGAAUUAAAUCAGUUCUUACUCUAAACGAUAUAAUCUCUCGAAUUGAUGUUAUCAUGACACGAAAGCAAACUUCCAAUGAAGAAUUAGUCCAUGCCAAAGCAUUUAGUCUUUUAAAAUACAUCGAUGAUAAUUGGGAUCGGUUAACUCUUAUGACUAACAAUCUUAAUAAUGCAACAUUGGAAUCUAUUUUAAAAGCAGAAUGGAUCCCUACGGUCGACAAAUUUGGUAACAAGCUUUUUUCGAAAGCUGAAGAUUGUUAUUGUGAAAAGUAUAAAAAUCUAGUUUGCUUGACUGUACCUGUUCUGGAAUAUAAUCUUGAGAAUAAUAAUUUUAUAGAUUUUUUUGAUUGGGACGUUUAUCCAGAUGUUAAAACUGUUCUAAGACAAUUGAAAUUAUGUCGCGAUAGUGUGGCUUCACCAAAUGAGAGAAAAUCUAUUUGUAUCACGAUUUAUGAAUAUAUGAAUGAAAUUUCAAUUUCUCAAGCUCCUGGUGAAAGUACUAAUGAAGAACUUCGUUUUAUGAUCGAAUCCUUAAGAAAUGAACCAUGGAUUUUGUGCGGAAAAUCAUUUCAUUCAAGUGAUAAAGUUGUCGUUAACCUUCCUGACCAAUUUCAGAAUAACGAUUCUUUAAUUGUUAAACUUCCCUUAGAAUAUUAUAAAUUUGUAGAUUUGUUUAAGAAGAUGGGAGUUCGAGACAGAGUUGGAGUAAAAGAUUUAGUUGAAUUUAUUAAAAGUAUAGUCAAAGAGGAUAAAAAUAGAAUCUUAGACACACGUGAAAUAAGUAAUGUUAUUAUGAUUCUUGAACAAAUCGCUAGGAUACGAAAGGAUAAUAGGAGUGAAGGAAAUGAAAAUGAUACGGAUGAAUUGGAAGGAUUGUUGAUUCCAAACGACAAAAAUGUACUUGUUAACUUUCGUGAAAUUUAUUUUGAUGAUAUGGGGAGUAGAUUUAGCGAUGAAGAGAAAAGCAAUUAUGAAAUUGUUCAUGAUUCUAUAACUCAAGACAUUACCGAAAAAUUAGGGAUUCAAACUUUAAAGGGAACAGUAUUUGUAAGGGAAAUAUAUGGCCAAAUCGAAUCUCUAACUACUAGGAUUGAAAAUAUUGUCAAGGACUAUUCUAUAAACUCCGUAUUUAAAGAAUUUCUUCAAAAUGCAGAUGAUGCUGGUGCCAAACAGUUUUUAAUAAUAGUAGAUGAAAGGCAGCAUGAGCCUUCUAAAAAAUCAUUCCUAUCAGAAGAAAUUCAAGGUCCUACGAUAUGGAUUUAUAAUGAUGUAGAGCUUACAGACGAUAGCUUUAAGUCUUUAAUAAACCUUGACAUUAGAAGUCUUAAUUGUGCUUUCCAUAUUACAGAUUUUCUGAGCUUUGUAAGUGGGAGGUAUAUCGUAUUUUUAGAUCCACAUGCAAAAUUUCUUCCACUGUCAGGAUUUCCUCUUAAGAGACCAAAUGGUGUUCAAAUAGAUUUUAUUGAAAAAAAGUUUAAGAGUAGUUUUCCAGAACAAUGCUAUCCAUAUGAAGAAAUAUUUUAUUUCAUUGAGAAAAAUUUUCCUGAUAAAUACUCAGUAGGAGAUUGUGACAUGUCAAAAGAAUUUAAGGGAACCUUGUUCAGACUUCCUCUUAAGAUUCCUGAAUUAGCAAAAAAUAGUGGUAUAUCAAGUAAUGCCAUAAGUAAUAUAAAUAAAAUUAUGAAAACAUUCAAUAAUAUUCUGGAUAAUAACGAGAUGCUAUUUCUAAGGAAUAUAGAAUCAUGUAGUUUAUAUCAUGUGAAAAAUCAUAAUGUUCAAUUUGAUAUUGAUAGUUAUUAUAAUUCUCACCGAAAAAUGAUUGAUAGCACUUGUGAUGUACAAAUAUACCAAUCAUAUAUCGAAAGAAUGAAUUUUGUACAAAACAAAAAAGUUUCGGAAAUAUGGGCUAUAUGUACGGGAGAACACAAUAAGAUCAAACCAAUGUCAGGAGAACUUGAAGAUAGACUUAAAAAAUUUUCGAGGGAAAACCGACUUAAGCCAAGAGGUGGAGUAGCUUAUUUGCUCGCUCAAUCCGAUACAAAAUCGUUUGAUGAAUUAAGAACCGAAUUGUUUCUAAAUCCACUUAAGCUUAAGGGUCAAAUCUAUUCUCAUUUGUCUCCGCCAAUAAGUACAAACUUAGGAGUUCACUUGAAGGGAGACUUUACUUUAUCGAUUGCAAAGAGUAAUAUUUUACAACCUGAAAAUAAUUUCCCGCAAGUUGAUUGUGAUGAUAUAAAUUGGGAUAUGUAUAUUCUAUACGAAGUUUUACCUGAAUUGCACAUCAAAUUACUUGACUAUAUUGUGGAUCUUGAAGAAAAUAGACGAAAACAAGAAACUAGUUACUUUCCACUUUCCAUAAACAAUCUUUGGCCGACUAAAAAUGAUUUAAUAAUUGAUGUACUAUACAAAAAUUAUGGUUUGAAUGUUAUUAAAAAACUAGGUUGUGGUAAUCAUAGAAUAUUUUGGACUGAGGCUAAUGACGGGGAAUUCAUUUCUUUAGAGGAUGCUAAAAUUUUUGAGCCAGAAAAUGAAAUUGCAGAUAUAUUAAUUAGUCUGGGAGUAUCGGUUGUAAUACUUGAUGAAAAUAAAAUCGAAGAAUUGAAUAAAAUUUUUGAAUCUGGCGACCCUUCAAAUUUCCUAUAUGAGCCUAUCACCGGAGAAUCAGUUUGUGAAAUAUUAUGCGGGAUUUCUGAUUAUAAUCUUAAUCAUACUUCAUUAUUCAAAUUGCUUGAUUUUAUUCUACAAGAUAAAAAUGCUUAUGAAUUUCUUACUGGACUACCGUUAGUUCCAUUGAGUGAUGGUUCUGUUGGAAAGUUUGGUGAUGUCUAUUAUAUUGGAAAAAAAGAACAUCUAGAUUUGUUCCCGAGUACUGGUCCACCAAAAUUUGUUUCUAUUGAUUUACCAAAGAAAUUAAUCAAAAUAUUUAAUAAAGAAGAUUUCUCCGCAUACACAAAUAUCAAAAAAUUUGAUGCUUCGGCUCUCUUAGAUCUUUUAAUGUUUGAAUUACGGCCUUCAAAGGAAAGACCAUGGGAUCCAUACGGAAACUCUAUACCAAAUUAUGAUUGGCUUAUAAAGAUUUGGUCAAUAUUAAUUAAAAUGAAAGAAGAAAGAGAAUUUACUAGACUUUCAAAAUAUCCUCUUUUGCCAGUGAUUCAACCUUCCAAACUUAUUCGACUUGAUAUAAAAGAUCCAGUUUUAUAUGUGUCUGACAAUGGUCAUUAUUUAUAUCAAAUACUAUCAAAACUACAAGUUCGUUUUACUGAUUUGAAAUUUCCUGAUAACGCUCACCAAUAUUUCAAAAAAUGUACAUUAAGUUGUACUCCUUUAAACGUAAUUAAUUCUUUGAAGGUAUCUUGUUCAUUAUUAUUUAAGUCUAUGGAGCAGCUGUUCGAAACUGGUAAUCUAUCAUUGUCCGAUUACGAUAAUUUUAGAAGAUAUAUUAAAAAUGAACUUCAAUCUUUAAUAGGUAAAUAAGAUUGUUUGCAAAAAUGAUUAUUUUAAUGGAAAUGAUUUGAUAUCUUAUUAUUUAUCCCAAUAGAACAUGGACGAGAACAAAAAAAUUUUAUGGACAUACUUCGAUCUUUACCCAUAUGGCCAAUACAUUCCAAUGAAAAAGGAGGAAAAUUCAUUGACGCCACAUCUGGAAAUCUUCUUACGUGCAGGUUGCCAUUUUUUUCUUUCCAUAAAAAUACUGAUUUCUAUAGAUGUGAUAGUAAAUCAGAUUUUAAUGCGCUUAUUAAAUUACGCCAAAAACAAUCAUUAGAAGCAACUUAUAUGAAUGAACUAAACUAUUUUAAAAACUAUAUAGUACCAGAUUUGGAAAAUUUUGUACCUUCUCAAGACUAUAUUACUUUCUUGAAAA